CUUCUUUCCUUUCCACUUUCUAGAGAAAUCCACCUCUCUCCCUACUCUCUCUCUCUUCUUCUUCUUCCUCACUCUCUCUCGUCCUCUCAUCUUCUUCUCCAGGAAAAUACGAACCAGAAAAGCAAAAACGAAAAGAAGAAAAACGAAACAAAACCUAGCUCUCUCCCUCUCUCAAAUCGCCUCCACUCUUGUUCUUCUUCUCUCAAAAAUCGAUCUCCAGCCUCCCAACUUCGACAAUUGAACAAAAAUCUAAUCCUAAUUACGAAUCCCCUUCUCACUUUCGUCUCUCUCUCUCGCGAUCUGCUUCUCCCCGCGCCUCCUACUCCAUUUCUCGAUCUGUCCUUUCCAGAGAAACCCGCCUCCUCCCUACUCUCUCUCUCUUCUUCUUCUUCCUUUCCAGAGGAACUCGGCCUCACUCUCUCUCUCCCUCUCUCUGCUCUUUCUCACUCUCCCUCGUCUUACCCAGAAGCGGCGGCGACGACGGAUGAAGCUGCGGCGGCGGCGACGGAUGAAACUGGCGGUGAUUACGAUGACGAACGGUAGGCGACGGUAGAAGAAGGAGAAGAAGAGGUCACCGCCAUCGAAGCUGCUGCUGCCUGCUGGUGGGUGGAGGCUGCGCGAGAAGGGAGAGGCUGCAAGGAGUGGUGGAUUUCGCUGGGGAGUCGGAGGUUGUGGAGAAGAGGAUGGCGGCGGAAACAAGAAUCGGCAGCGAGUGUAGAUCUGCUGCUUCUUC